GUUUAAAGAUGGCGCUACCCGGUGCUUUACUCGUGAGGCUAAGAGGGCUUUGCAAACUGGCCAAAUGUGUUCAUGCUGGAGGGAAAACAACAUCUAACUGGGCCGGAGAAAUGCGGUGGUAUGGGACAAAAGAUCAAAGGCUUUACGAGCGCAGCGUGUCAUGUUUCCACAGUAAACGAGGUGAAGGUGAAGGUAAUCCGAACCUUCUGAAGGAGUUUCCAGAUCCCAAAAGCCUCCUAAACAACACCAUUUCCCGGUCACUAGGAGUGAAUGACCUGUCCCAGCUCAUCCAGUACAGCUGCAUGGAACGUGAUGGUGUCAAGAAGGCCACUGUCACGCUGCUAUGGCCCUGCAAGAUUGAAGAAGAGGGUUAUGCAUCCAAGAAAAUUGACGCAGAGCGGUUUGCUGCUGCGGCAGCCUGCCUCAGGCUCAGGGAAUUGGGAGUCAUUGGUCCAAACAAUCAGCUCCCUAAGAGGAGAGCUGGCCGGGUGAGAGGGGGGCUACAUUCCCAUCUUUAUGAGAAUGAAGAGAACCGUUGGACAAAUAAUGUUCCCACCUCCAGAGCAAAUGAAUUGUCCUCUCCUGAGGAAGAUGCCUCCAAUGUCUCUGAAGCCCUUUCCCUCUUUCCACAACCUAAAUCUCUUCUGACCAGGGUGAUCCAGGUGGCCACUUCAACCAGCGGAAUCAGGGACUUGAUGCAUUUCAGAACAGUAGGUGGAAAACUCAAAAAGUGCGAGUUGACUCUGCUUUGGCCGGAGGAGAUGACGUUCAGCGCAACAGCGAGCAGCCGGGUGAUGGCAGAGAAAAAAGCUGCAGCACUUGCAUGCAUGAUGCUGAAGGAGCUUGAGCUUCUGGAUCGAGACAAUAACCCAUUUACUCAUGCAAAGUACCAUCGAGAGAAAGUAAAGGAGGCGGGUGAGAGGGAGAGGCGUCCAUUCCCACUAGAGAUUCCAGAAUAUCUGGAGCAGCACAUGAGGGACUACCUAACACAGUAUCCGGUUGCAACAGAAGUGCAGAAACUAUUGGAGGAAGAGGAGGCAAGAGGACAACAGAUGGUUAACAAGGAGGAGGAGGAAGAGGACCACAUAGUGGACGCCAUUACCGGCAGGCCUUACAAGCCUGUGUCUGUACAUCAGGCUCAGUGGCUCAGCCGCCAUCUGCAGGAGGAAUGGGAAAGGGCAAACCCUGGACUUGGCGUGGAGCUGCCUGUCGACUCCCAUCGACAGCGUGUGAUCUCGGCCGUACGCUCCUCCAGGGUAGUCGUGAUCGCCGGCGAGACGGGAUGUGGCAAGACGACACGGAUCCCACGCUUCCUGCUGGAGGAACAAGUGAAAGGUGGGGAGGGAGCAGAGUGCAACGUCCUCGUGACACAGCCUCGUCGGAUCAGUGCCGUGUCAGUGGCUCAUCGAGUCGCUCAUGAGAUGGGUCCCCGCCUGAAACACCAUGUCGGAUAUCAGGUGAGACUUGAGAGCCGACCUCCUGAGAACAGCGGAGGGUCCAUGCUCUUCCUCACUGUGGGCGUCCUGCUAAAGAAGCUGCAGUCGAACCCGACCCUGAAAGGAAUCAGCCACGUCGUGGUGGACGAGGUCCACGAGAGAGACGUAAACACAGACCUGCUGCUGGCGUUGCUGCGCACAAGCUUGGAAAAGAACCCUGACUUGCGAGUUGUACUUAUGAGCGCCACCGGGGACAACCAAAGGCUGGCAGAGUACUUUGGAGGCUACCCUAUCGUAAAGGUGCCGGGAUUCAUGCACCCUGUGAAGGACAGAUACCUGGAGGAUUUGAUGAGGGAGAUGGGACGCUCGGCUCAAUUCCAAAAGAAAGUGGAUAUAAACAAGAGGUUGGACGAGGCGGCGCCAGAUCUAGACUUGGUAGCGGAUGUUAUUGAGCACAUUGACAGACAUGGGGAGCCAGGUGCGGUGCUGUGUUUCCUUCCUGGGUGGCAGGAUAUCAAAGCAGUUCAACAAAAACUGGAGGACAAAGCACACUUUUCAUCAGAUGCACAUAUGAUCGUGCCGUUGCACUCAAGCUUAUCAGUAGCUGACCAGCAGGUGGUGUUCCAGCGUCCCCAAGCUGGCCAGAGGAAGAUUGUUCUCACCACCAACAUAGCUGAGACCUCCAUUACAAUAGACGAUAUAGUUCAUGUGGUGGAUACAGGAACUCAUAAGGAACAGAAUUACGACCAACGAACAAAGGUCUCCUGUCUGGAAACAGUUUGGAUAUCUCGUUCUAAUGUUACACAAAGAAGAGGGAGAGCUGGACGUUGUCAGCCAGGACAGUCGUACCACCUGUUCCCAAGGAAACAGCUGGAAACCAUGACGCUCUUCCCUGUUCCUGAAAUCCUGCGUACACCACUGGAGAGUUUGGUAUUGCAGGCUAAAAUCCACAGUCCAAACUGCAAGGCGGUAGACUUCCUGUCUCAAGUGUUAGACAGUCCAGAGCCACAAGCUGUGAGAGAUGCUGUCCAAAACCUCCAGGAUAUCGGGGUCCUGGAUAAGACAGAGGCUCUGACACCUUUAGGAGAGCGUGUAGCCUGUAUGUCAUGUGACCCACGGCUGGGCAAAGUCCUCGUCCUGAGCGCCAUGUUCAGGUGUGUUCUGCCCAUGUUAUCUGUAGCUGCCUGUCUCACCAGAGACCCUUUCCAUAACAGCUUGCAGAACAGAGCAGUUGUAAAUAAGGCCAAAGAGGAGCUGACCGGCUCCAGCUACAGUGACUAUCUGGUGUUCAGUCGAGCGGUUCUGGGCUGGAGGAAAGUCCAACACGAGGGGGACAGAGACGACAGAGAUGAAUAUUUGGACAAAUACACUCUGUCUAAAGGCAGUCUCCGAUUUAUAAAUGGUCUUAUCUCCCAGUUCAGUGAGAACCUGCAGGAAGCAGCGCUAGUUUCUUGUGCCAGUGAGUGCCAGCGUCAAACAUCUCUCUACAAUCAGCACAGCAACCAGGAUGAGCUGCUUAAGGCUGUACUGCUGGCUGGAUUAUAUCCCAACCUAAUUCAGGUAAAGAAAGGGGUUGUUACCAAAGGGGGGCGCUUUCGUCCCAAUAAUAUAGCUUUCCGCACAGUCAGUGGCCCAGUGCUGCUUCAUCGCUCCUCAGUGAACAGAGGAAAAGAGGAUCUCCCCAGUCGUUGGCUGACCUUUUUCAGUGCGGUCAAGUCUAACGGGAAUGUUUUCAUCAGGGACUCGUCUUUGGUUCACCCCCUUGCCCUGCUGCUGCUCACAGACUGUGACAUUUCAGAGACAGUAAAUGACGACAAGGUGGAGGUAUCAUUCCCUGGCCGCUCUCUGGUGCGCUGCGAGGUGUCAGCGGAGACGUGGGAGCUGCUCUGGGAGCUACGCACUUCCAUUCAGACCAUGCUCUACCGAAACCUCAACAAUCCUGGCAAUGCUAACAUUUCCCAAGAUGGAAACCUCAUAUCCUUACUUGUAGAACUGCUUAAAAAUACAGAGUCAACCCCUUUUGUUAAGCAGGAAAGUGAGGUAGAUUGAAAAAUAUUUUAUGCUUGAGAGCUUUGGCUCGCCAUCGGACUUGCAUAUUUUAUUUUUAGAAGCAUUUCUGAUUUAGUGAAAUCAGAAAUGUUCACAAUUCGAAAUCCUCCGUGGAGUUGGUGUGCUGCUUUUUCUGUGGAAAAAAUUAACUGCAUCACUAGAUAGUUUGGAAAAUCCAGCAUAUGGUUUUUUUUGGGUUUUUGUUUUGUUAUUGCAAAUGUUUCAUUGCUUUCUGAAAAGCAGAUUUGGGUUUUACUCUGAGUAAAGACAGAGGUCAUUGAAAUAAAUUGUAAAUAUUUAUUGAAACAUUAAAGAAGACUUGCCAAUAUUA